AUGAUCUCCGUCUACUCUGUCCUGUUUACUCUAGUGCUGUUCUCUGAGCUGAGCAGCAACUUGGUAACUGUAGCCAUACCUUCCUCCAAAGCAGAAAAUGGUAUAACAGAGCAAGAUGGCCUGGGUUCGUUACUGGGUGACGAACCCCUGACUGAGGAAGAUAUGGUUCCCCGCAUGUACAGACGAAGCCUUGUGUUGGACGACGACGUCAGGGAUGAAAAUGGGAACCCUAAGAUCUUCGUGGUCUCAGACAUGAGGCAGAAAGGACACAGAAUUCGUGGGCUGUUCCCAGCCUUUGCCCGGGGCUCCCCUCUGCUCACAGACCAAAGCUUGAGCCACACUCCCGCCGAGUACAGUUUGAAAAUAGAUCGCAGAAACGCUGACUUCAACAUGCUGCGAUGUAUGAUAGGAAGAGUGUACCGACCCUGCUGGGAAGCUGCCACCCUAUCCUGAAUGUGCUGUGAAAAUUUCUUCCUCGUGUGUUACCCCUGAAGUGCAUUUCCUUGUAGAAAAUAAGAGCGCACAAGCAUGUUAAACAAAAUAAAAGUUUAUUAAAAAUGAAAA